AUGGCUUUGCAACAGCCCAUCUUAAAUCCGAGCGUGCCCUUCUGCAGCCCAAUUUUCGGAGGCCUCUGCGAAGGAAAAAUGAUUUUAAUCCAAGGCUGCAUCCCGUUCUCGGCGAAAAGAUUCUCUGUGAACCUGGUGUGUGUGAAUGGAGAUAUUGCCUUCCACUUCAACCCACGAUUUGAUGAAGGCAACGUCAUUGUCUGCAACACGCAAGAAAAGGGCAGCUGGGGACCUGAGGAACGGACGUCCCCGAUGCUCUUCCAGCGAGGCGUCUCUUUUGAAGUGAUCAUCAACAUCAGGAGCUGUGGGUACCAGGUUUCCGUCAAUGGCAGCCAGUUCAUAAAUUACCAGCACCGACUUCCCAUGCAUCAGGUCCAGACGCUGCAGAUCAAAGGGGACGUCUCCUUGAGCUGCAUCAGUUUCACAGGAGGACUCGUUCCACCCCCUUAUGCACCUCCACCGUACAAUCCCAUCCCCCCAAUGAAUAACUUCAGUGGAAUGACGGUGUGCAAUCCGAACUUCAGUGGAAUGACGGUGUGCAAUCCGAGAGGCACCUCCAGAUGUCCGUUGCCGCCGGAUACCGGAAGUCGUCUCCACAGCCUUUUUUUUGACUCGUGCAGUAUACAGGUCCCCAAUGGAAGGCAGAACUUCAGUGGAAUGACGGUGUGCAAUCCGGCCACCCCAUUUAACACAGCUCUUUCGGGGCGUUUCUUUCCCUUUUCCAAGAUCACCGUCAUGGGGAGCAUCCCUUAUUCAGCGGACAGGUUUCACGUGAACCUGAAAAACAUCCUGACGGGCAACAUCGCCCUGCACAUCAACCCUCGGUUCAAACAGGGAGUGCUGGUCCGGAAUUCGUUCAUCAGCGGCACCUGGGGAAGUGAAGAGAGAAAUAUUGCCUAUCUGCCCUUCUGUCCCGGGCAGGCCUUCCAGCUGGAGAUCACCUAUCUGCAGAACUGCUACCAGGUCUUGUUGAAUGGGCAGCUGAAUUUCGAGUACUACCAUCGGAUCCCUCCCUCUCAAGUGGACCAACUGGAAAUAGCCGGAGACGUCACUCUUUCCUGCGUCCAAUACUGAUGGCCCACCAUGAAUGGAGGCCUCCCGUCUCUGCUUUGAUGGACAGAAGAGAAGAGCUGAUGGGUUGUAGCUCCCAUAUCCCCCUCUAGACCAAUGAACCCAUCCAAGUUUCCGCCACGCACGCUUUCACCUGCAAAAUAAAAUCCACCGCAUCAAUUACAGAUUCUUCAUGAGAAACCUGGGAUUUGUGGUCUUCCAAGAAUGAUGUGGGUGCUUUUUUUCCCAAGAGGCAGCUGGACUUUCUGGUGUUUUUUUUUCCUUUGAAGAUGUUUCGCUUCUCCUCCAAGAAGCUUCUUCAGCUCUGGCUGGAUGGUGGGGGAACGGAAGGAAGCGAAACAUGUCCAAAAGAAAAACCAGAAAGUCCAGUUGCCUCUUGAAAAGAUACCUUUGGGAUAACAAUUACCUGAGAAUCUCCAUAGUCACUUACUAAGGACGAAUGUAUCUUGUCUUUUUAUGCACACUGAGAGCAUAUGCACCGGACACAAAUUCCUUGUGUGUCCAAUCACACUUGGCCAAUAAAGAAUUCCAUUCCAUUCCAUUCCAUUCCAUUCCAUUCCAUUCCAUUCUAUUCUAUUCCUCUAUUUUCUAUAUUCUAUUAUUUUCUAUUCUAUUCUAUUCUAUUCUAUUCUAUUCUAUUCUAUUCUAUUCUAUUCUUUAUU